GUACGCUUACCGUUAGUUGGUCUGUGCUGUAGUCUCUGGUUUAAACGCCGUUUUCGCGUCCGUUAUUUAUGUCGAAUGGUAACGUGUGUUCUGUGGAACGUACAUAUCACUGUCAGUUUUGGUAGGAAAUUUUGUGAGGGAAAGUAAUUCGCGUUGUGGAGUUUUUUUUAUUGAUUUAUAAUCGUUCUACGUUCAUGGUCGUGUUAAUGUGUGUAACUUUGAAUAUAUUUAGAAAAGAGAGGUAUAACUGAAAAGAAAGAUGCUAGCGUCAUCACAGCAAUUUUGUGUCAAGUGGAACAGUUACAGCUCAAAUCUACAAAAUGUGUUUCCACGUCUUUUAACCAGUGAACAUUUUGUGGACAUAACACUGGCUUGUGAGGGUCAGAUGAUUAAGUGUCAUAAAGUUGUAUUAUCAGCAUGCAGCACAUAUUUCGAGAAUCUCCUCAUUCAUAACCCGUGUCAGCAUCCCAUUAUCUUUAUGAAAGACAUGAAACAUCGGGAAGUUCAGGCUCUUGUGGAUUUCAUGUACAAGGGGGAAGUGAAUGUAAGUCAGGAGGAGUUGAACUCUUUGCUCAGAGCUGCAGAAGCAUUACAGAUUCGUGGAUUGUGUGGUUCAGACCAUUCAAAUGUAGGAAAUCAGCAGAACUCACCAAGGCAGCAGGUGGGUGAGAACAGGCUGCCAGCUGUUUCAUUACCUCAUGAUACUGUAUUAUCAGGCAGAGAAUCCCCGCCCUUCAAACGAAGAAGAACCGUGGCAGAAGAACAGGAGCAGACAUCUAAAGUUGCACCAUCCCAAAACAACAGAGCUUCCAUAGGUUCUUCUUCUUCCUUGAUGGAAGUUAAUAAUUUGCCAGUCGCUGCGACACCGUCCAGCCAUAACACUUUUUUGGAGACUGACUCUUAUUCUGACCAUGUAGAGAAUAAGAAGGUAAUAAAACAAGAACUGGAUAUGGAAAAUUGUUACAUUGAAGGGGAAGUAGAGGCAGAUGGCCCAGAUGAGGACUACGGCUUCGAACAUCAGGAUGAUUCUGACAGCAAUAAUCGUGAAGAUGUUCUUCCUGCACCAUCAUUGGAUCAACCUGGGCCCUCUGGAUUGAUGUCAGGUCAGGGAAUUGCAGCCUUGGACAAAGCUACUUCAGAUAUGAAUGCUGCAAUGGCUCUACAAAAUGUUGUGUGUGUACUGUCACCCUCUGACAAGGGUAAGGUGCCCAUAUCUUCAUGGAAAGAUGGCAACGCUGCUCCCACCAGAAUCCGCAGGUCAGAAGCAGAAUUGACAAAAGCAGCAGAAUGUGUCCAGAAGGGCAUGACUUUCCAAAAUGUGUCUGACAUCUUCAACAUACCAAUAUCAACAAUCCGGUUCUACAUGGCAAGGCGAGGUAUUCUUCCCCAGCGACGUCGAGGUCGUACUGCGAGCACACAGCAGAAAAAUUCAGGCUAUAAUCAGUUCUUGAUGAUGCAUUACAAGCUGGAAGACAUCAAUAAGAAACAGUCCACACAGUGAACUGGUCAGUACAGUUCAAAUACCCCAAAUGAUGCAAGCUAACAUAACUUCUUAAGACGGUUGCUCCUUAGACAUUUGUUUACUAGAAAAAGGUAGUUUCACAGAGAUCCUUUAUUAACAAUUAACAUGCCCCAUAUAAGGUUUAAAAUCAUUUCAUCAUUAGAGACCGUUUUACAGUUGAGAUGGAAAUUAUUUGUUUAGGACUCUUGUAAUGGGAUAGUAUUUUAAAGCACAAAAAUGACUUGUAAGUGAGGGAAAUCAUAACUUUCAUAGUGAAGUAAAGCUUAUGUUACAGUUUUUACACUUGAAGGUAGGAGACAUAUUAAGAGCUACACCUUGCCCCUUACAUCCUGUCAGAGACUGGAAAUUUGUAUCUUCUUUGAACUGUUAUUAUACACUUAUUCAAAUUAUACUUUGAGAAUUUUGUUGUGUUAAAAAUCGUCAUAGGGGAGAAUCUAAGUUAGAUGAACCAAUUUCAUAAAGAACAGAGCCACACACAGUCCUAAGACUCAGGGUAACAAGCAACCUUCCACUAAUAGCCUAGAGGUGAAUCAAGUGCCAUUAAUUAUUCUGUAUUAUGUGACAGGUCAACCAAAGAAUGAACCUCACUGAUCACACAACAAGCCUUUUUUAAGUUACUUUUAACCAAAGAAUGAGUCCUGGAGUAGCAAGGUACAUACUUACCUCUUGUAUUAUUUUCUCUCGGCCAUAUUCUUGUAUUAUGACAUGACUGAUUAUUAUCUAUAGUAUUCAUAUUAAUUGUAUUAUUAAUAUAAUGGUAAUUUGUAGUUUGAGUAGUAAUAAAAUUGUGGAGCUUUGUAUUGCCUGCUAUGUGAUACUUAUCAGUAGACAUUCAUUUGAGCAGAAACUGCAUUCAACCCUUUCACUGCAUUUUAGGGCAGCCAUUCCCAGGUUUUUUAUACCAUGGAACAGUUAUAAAAUCAUUUAGAGCAAUUAAUUGCAUUAAUAUUUUUAACACUCUUGUCAGGCAGGACAACAUGCAUUCUGAGUUAUCUGUCUUGACUUAUUCUUUCCAGAUUUUGUGAUUAUUGAAAGAUGGAAUUGACAGAUUGAGUGGUUUUACAGAAUUGGUGACUUCCAGCACAUCAGACAGUUCAGAUUUAAAUUUAAACUAAAAGUAACCUAACUUAACACAACCUAAUUCUUUGUAGUACCAUUUCUUCUGCACCAGAUGUAAUGGUUAAACCAUCAUAACUUCAUUCCAGGGCAGUCCAUAUGGGAUUUGUUUAAUUUGGGGGACAGACGGCUGAAGUUCCACUAUAACAAUAAAAAACGAAAACAUUUAUAUGUGAAUUCUUUGGAACAGGAAAACUGGCUGCAGUGAUGGAAUUGCUAUAUCUUGUUCUUUGUUCAGCAUUUUGGUAUCUUCACUAAGAAAGUCAAAUACUGAAGUUUAGGACUGUGAAAUCUGUUUUAAAACACUGGAUUAUGGAAAAUUAUGGACUUAUAACAUAUUAAGACAAGAAUGUUGUCAUGAAAUGAGGCGUCAUCCAUUUUCUAUAGAAAGAAGGCUGUGGGAAUAAUGUGAGGUGGUGGGGAGGAGCUGUGGGAAGGUAAAGGUAGAUGGGGAGACCUGAUUGUUGUAUGACCCACUUAAAGUGGGAACUUCAGAGAAACAUUAAGAUGAUUUUGAUAUAUAUUUGGCAUACUAGUUUUCUGUGCUGUUGUUUUGUCUCAUGCUAAAAAUUGAAGCAUACAAACUUUCGUACACCACUAAAGUUUAAAUUUUAUUUUUUGCAUAAAUGUUAUGAAAUGAUCACUCAGUUGGUUAGGUUGUAUCUAUUCAUCACCAUGUUUCAUCUCUAAAAUUAAUGAACAGAUUUCAAUUAAAUUUGGUAUUGGAGAUCAACACUGAAUUCACAGUUACAUAAACCACCUGCCUUUUUACACUAAUAAAAUUCUCUCAGGUUGUCAGUCUUGUCAUAUGAUUAAAACUUUCCAAUGUAUCAGGGACCAUGUCUGUCCCCAUCAUCAUCUGACAUCAGACACCCUGAUGAUGGGGACAGAAUGGUCCCUGGAAUGUUGGCCAUUUAAUCAUUUGACACAGUUGAUAGCCCAAGAGGAUUUUAUUAAUUCAGUUUGCCGUGAAAGUUUCUACAUUGUUUACUUGAUCUACAAACAGAUGCAGUUUGAUCCUCACAGAACCAUCCUCUGUGUUGAUGCUUGUAUAUUUGGUUGACGCAGAACUACAUCUUGAGUCACUGCAACAUUAUAGUUAAGACUGCAUUGUCAAGCAGUCUGGUUUUAGCCUAUCAGUUCAGGAUAUCCACUACUUUACAUGAAGUUAAAAUCAAACAUAAUUUUUUAAAAUGGUUUGACAUACAACAAAUUGGUACAUAACAUAAAAUAGAAAACAUAUCUCAUUAAGGUCAUUAAGAUGCACAACUUUUUUUUUUUAAUUUUUGUGUAUAUUUCGUUAAACAUAAGGAAAAAUAAUUUAUUGUGCAACACUAUGCACUUUAGUGUAUCUGUAAUAUGACAUAGGUGUAACACUAGGUUUGUGACUACAUUAAAUGAACAUGAAAACCAGUAACUCAAGAUGCAGAAUCAUGAAGAAUGGAUUUUGAAAAUGUGUGUCUUGGAACUCAUAUUUAAAGGAAACUUAUAGCGAUUUUUCACUCUCUAAGGGGAAAGUAUUCUGCCGAAUGAAGGUGUCAUAUCCCAUACCUGGAGUGGAAAAGGUUAAAUUUACAAAUAGUUCUUGAAAAUUAUGUCAAAAUUGAAUAGUAUUAUCAGUAUCUAAUUAAUUGCUGUUUUAGUGUUUAUUUGAUUUAAUAGUUAUUUAUAAGUAACAAAAGUGUGAUUAAAGCAUAGUUAUUGUUCAAUAAAAUGUAAUGUAGACCAUUGUGGUCCAAUAAUUGGGAAUUGCUGCUCUUGAGAGAUUUGUGUUAUAAGUGUGAUGUGUUGUGAAUCAUUACUAUUGACAAUUUUGUCAUCAUUCUAAAACACAUUUUGUGCACCUUUAUGCACAUUAUUUAAUAUAAGUAGUGAAAUUAACCAUCUGUCAUGUGCUAAACUGUUCUUUAUUAGAAUUGCUUCCUUGUUAGUAUAUUUACAUCCAUCUGAUGUUGAUUUUGUAGUAACCAAAACUUGCUGUGAAACUAAUAAACAGAGUGUGUUAGAUGGUUAAUUUCCUUAUAAAAAUGAAAUCAAGUAAUGACAUAGUAUUAAUCAGUUUGAGAUUGAGGUUAUGUUGUAUAAACUGUGCUGGAACAUGCUUGGUAUAUUCAGGAAUUUGAAGAAAUUACUCUAUCUAUAGGUAGCUUAACCCAGUAAGAAAGUACUCCAGUAAUGCUAAUUUUAGUCAGAUACUGAAAUAUAGCAAUCUGUGUUUGAUUGGUUUUUAUCAGCAGAAUGUGGAAUUCUGUGGGACAGGCAUCCAGUGUUUGGUGACCCAAUGUGAUACAUGUUGUAUUACUUAUGGUGACUGUAUGACUAGGCCAUAUAGAUGUUCACUAAUCAGGCUUGGGCAGGUUCUGUUGAAUCUCCCUUGCAAUAACCAAAUUCAGCAAGCUAUCAGCAGUGUGGCUAGACAGUCCUUUUCAGGUAAUGUUUCCUGUUGUGCUAACAGAGUUUUAAUGACUCCUUUGCUGUUACAGAUUUUUAAUUUUGAUAAACAUAAUUCAAAUUCCAGUUUGACUUAGCAACUGUUGUGAUCUCCAUAAACCUCGCAGAAAGUGCUUGUUUUUAUGCAAAGGAAUAAAUGAUUUUAAAUGUUAAACCACUAAAUGAAGUGAUAAAAGAUCAAUCAAUGAAACAUUUGAGAUGUAUAUGGGACUGAAAAUGGAAGGACACUCUUGAAAAUAUUGCAAGCAAGACAGCAACGAAAACUUAAUAGGAUCCUGAUAAACCUGGGAACGGGAUAUUCAGAACAUUCUGAUAAGAAAGAAUUAGGAUGGAUCAAGUCUAAAAUCCAAGCCUACUGUCAGAAAAAGUGAAGAGCUCUGUAUAGAACCUUUACACUGUUGAGGGUUGACUAUGUAAGGAAAACAGUGGCAUUGAAGUUCCUUCUUUCCAUGCAGAAUUACAUAUUAAUUAUGUACAAACAAUAGUCAAAAUGUCCACUUAUCUUUUAUGCUUUACAUCUGCUAAAUAUGCUGUUGCAUCAAAAAAUAUAUGGGAAAAACAUUUAAUCUUAGGAAAGUUAUGCAGAAGCUGUCAUAGACUACAGGGACCCAAAAUAAGGGGGACUGAUUGGUAGCCCUUAUAAAACAUGUCACUAGGAGUAGUCAGACCACUAGCAUCCAAAGUAGUAGAAUAGCACUUCUGUACAAAUUGCAUGAUCAUAGGGUAAAUAUACAAAGGUACUAACCAACACAGAGGUGCAGUAUGUAUUUGGUGUUUGUGUUGCUUUGAUGUCCAUUGCUCCUGCUGGUAAAUACAUUUCCUGUGUAUAAUCAUAGACUGUUUGCAUUGUUACCUGCGCACAAAUGAGUGGUUAUUGCAGGAAUGAAAGAAUCCAUUCCUACUGUAGAAAUUUGUUUCAGGAAAUGAAUUUCCACAUGAACAUGUGACAACUGAAUAAUAGUUGUGCCACUUAAAUGAUGCUUCUGUUACUUACAUACUGUAUAUGCCUUACUAGGAGGUGGUAAGCAUCUUGGAUUUAUAUUUACACAGUUGGGUUCUGAGCCCAUCAUAUAGAUAAUAACCUAAUCUUGUAAGGUUAUUUGAUGGAAUAUAUUUACAUUUAUCAUUUUUAUAUUGACAUUUAAAAAUCUAGGCUUCAUUGUUUGACAAUGAACAUUUUGCAGGAUAAUGUAAAACAAAUUUAAUUUCAGUCAUUGCUGUAAUAUCCCAAAAUUUGGUGUUCUGUCAUGGUCUAGUUCAGUACACAGCUUAAACGUAGCCAAGGAAUCCUGGGACCUGAUUCACAGAAUUUAUCAACCCCAGUCUGGAAAAAGUGUUUUGGUGUGUGUGUGAUAGAGACAUGAUUUAAUGUAAAUAAAUCAAUCAAAUUCAAUGUCAGAUCUAUUUUUCUUUCACACUACAGGUAUCUUUUUGAUCUGACUGAAAAUCUUGUGUUGUUCAAACAUUGAUAGGAGUGACAUAAACCACAUGGCUAUUAAUGUUUCAUUUAUGAUAAUCAUAUAAGUAGAAUAUCAUUUGGGUUGUAAAAGCAGCUAAUUGAUGUCAGAAUUGAGGUUUUCAUGGCAGUGAAAAUGUUGAUAUUUGUCUUCUGGUUGUGGUGCCAUGCUGACUUGUGGGUGGAUACCAGAGUUUUGGUGGAACGUGAUGCUUCCAUCCUCAGCUUUGAAGAUGGAGGAAAUGUGUUGAUCUGAAAUGUUGAUAUCUAUCUAUAAUUAAUAAUACUUAUAUUAAUAGAACUAUUUCUUGCACUUUAAAUUAGAUCUUUGAUCUACAAUUUCAUCAGAUUCCAUAAUCCAGUCUCCACCAGGACAUCUUUCAUUCUUAUUGCAAGAAUUGGCAUAGCCCCUUCUCCCCUCUUUCUUCAUAUUAGGGUGAAAAAUUUCUUUUGAUGGAAGUGCUUUCUUUCAGUAUAGAUUCAUCAAACAUAGAAUUUUUCUGUAUUAUUUUUGCUUUGAAUUUUUAUGCAUGUUUUUCUGGUGAUAAAAUAUACUAUAUUAGAAGUGAAAGUAACUCUAUGCGGAGAUAAUAAAGUAGCUGUAAAUUCUAGCACUCUAAGAAAAAUGUAUUUAAUGAUUUUAAUUUUACUGUGUGACUUGUUAUUCUAAUAUAUAAACAAGCAACUUGUAUAAUAGUUUAUAAGCCUAUAUAAAACAUAAUGCAUUGAAGGUCUGAUUUUUGUCAAUUCUACAUUUUAUUUUUUGUUUCAUUUAUUAUGUUCUGCAUGGUAGGUAUUGUGUAUUCAGGUUUUUAAAAACAUUGUAUGUUUCCAUUUUUUAUGUAAACUUUUACUUUCUUAUAGGAAGUAGUGAAUGAAUGAAUGAAUUAAUUAACUAGUGAGCAAUGAGAAAUUAUAAAAGUCACCAUUCACUUGUUCAUUUUUAUUUAUUAUAUGCUGUUAUUAAUUUCCUCUUAUUGAUCAUGGCUUCUACUUCUGUAAAUCACAUUUUCAUGCUUUUCUUAAAAUGUUAAUUUAUUUUGACAUAGUGUGACAUGUUUUGACCCUUCACUUUCUUCGAAUAUUAUACAUCUAGCCAUACUGACUUCCUUAUUAAUGCCUUUAAAUUUUUUAAAU